AUGACUUCAUCGGGAGGCUUAUCUGUUGUGCGUUUGGCAUGGGAAGCGUUCGUGUGGUUGACAACAGUGGUGUGGCCAUCUUCGGGAGACGACGUUCGCGACGAUUCCAGUUAUGGUGGUGAUGACGAUGACGAUUACAGCAUACCAGAAGAGAAUGCAAAGAAGUUGUCUCGAUCGAGCAACGGCGACGUUAGUAAGCAGCUGCGAGCGUCGGUGGCGACGACGACAUGCGCUGCAGUGAAUCGUAAAGGCGGGCGAGGUGCUCGGGACAGCACGAAGGCGAAGGAAAAGGUCAUUAUCGCGAAUGCGGUGGAAAGAGAAAAACCGAACGGCCUCGCGAUAUCGAACGGCAAGACGGCGAAUGGCACGACGUACGAGACUGUGAGAGACUCUAGCUUACCGAAAGAGAAUGGGCAUGACGCUAGCAGUGUUUCAUCAUUGGAAACCGAAAGGCUGAAAGCUGAAGUGAUGCAGCUCAAGACUGCUGAGGCUGAUGCUAGGAUACAACUUUCUGUUAGCCAGAACAACGAGAAGCAUGCAAGGCAAGAAGCUGUACAAUUGCGAUCGAGACUUGAGCAGAUGGAAGCUAGG